CUACUAUAUUGCUAGGUAGCCUAAUAAAUUAUCCUAGUUUAUUAUUUGUCAUAUAUGUAUUAAUAACAUAACCCUGUAAAGUAACUUAUGACAUAAUUGUAGUGGAGUAAAAGGAUUAAAUCAAGUAAUUGCAAAGUAUCAAAAAUGAGGAAAUACAAAACAAAUAGUUGAGUGCAAGUUCCUUAAAAUAGUACCCAAGUGUGUACAGCGCUUAACCAUACUUCCUUUAAGCGGCGACUGUAUUAUCGGCUAGAUGGCCUCGAGGAAGGUAUUUACGGCGCUGGCCCUUUAAGACGUCGCGCAUGCGCAAAUUAGUGAGAAAGUUAACUCCUGAACUUCGUAGUCAGAAAAAUUCAGAUUUAUAAAAUAGCAGGGAAAACAGCAUUGAGUUGACAUGGCAUUCCGCCGGAGAAACAAGAGUUACCCGUUCUUCAGCCAGGAGUUCUUAAUUCAAAACCACGCCGACAUCGUGUUCAGUUUGGUGAUUUUGGUUUUGAUUGGAUUGAUGUUUGAGACAACAGCCAAGACGGCCAUACUCUUCAUUCAGCCUCAGCACAACGUCACCACGCUAUCACCAGAGGGCGAGGUGACGUUUUACCAUUACGGGUGGAAGGACUCUGCCACCAUCCUCUUCUACACCUUCAUCGCCAUCAUCCUACAUGCAGUCGUGCAGGAGUAUCUCCUGGAUAAAGUGAACCGGCGUCUCCACCUCUCCAAGAGCAAGAAUACCAAGUUUAACGAGUCGGGUCAACUGUGUGUGUUUCACCUGGUGUCGAGUGUGUGGAGCUUGUACAUCGUCAUAACAGAAGGAUAUCUGUUUCACCUCAGCAGUCUAUGGGAGAACUACCCCCAUCUCCACCUCCGGUUUCAGGUGAAGUUCUUCUACCUCACUCAGCUGGCCUACUGGCUCCAUGCGUUGCCGGAGCUCUACUUCCAGAAAGUACGCAAGGAGGAGAUCUCUCGUCAGCUGCAGUACAUCUGCCUGUACCUGCUGCACAUCGCCGCAGCAUAUCUGUUAAAUUUAAGUCGUGUGGGUCUGGUACUGCUCUUCCUCCAGUACGUCUCCGAACUGGGCUUUCACAUCGCCAGACUCUUCUACUUCACCGACGAGAACCAUCAGAAAAUGUUUGACCUGUGGGCAAUCGGCUAUGUGUUCACACGGAUGGUCACUCUGACCCUGAUGUUCCUGGCCGUUGGCUUCGGUUUGGCUCGUAGCGAGAACCAGGGCCUGGACUUGGAGAUGGGCAACUUCAACACUGUACUGAUCAGGAUGACCGUUCUGCUGCUGGUGUGUUUCACCCAAUCUUGGCUGCUGUGGAAGUUUAUCCGCUUCCAGCUGAGACGCUGGAGGGAGUCCAGACUCGAACAGGCGCUCCGCAAGAAGGCCGCCGCUAAACAGCCCCUACGGCCGCUGAAGAGGGACUCGAGUGAGUAUAGACUCGGUCACCACGAAAACGGAGUUCUUAAAGCCGAGAAUGGAGCCUCCCCUCGGAGCAAAAAACUCAAAUCCCCCUAAGAUCGGACGCCUCCCGGCCUGAACAGUGACCUCGGCCCCGGCCGAGGUUUCCCCACGUCACCACAACGGGAACGCUGGCGGCCGCGGGGCCACCGCGCCUCUUGUUGACAAUGGCCUGAGAUGAUACGAGGACUCUGAAGUCGCUGCAGACUGAUUGCUGGAAAAAGGAAAUCAAAGGAAAUCCCUCGAGCCCGACAGACAUUUACUCUCUUCAUCAUAUCAGUAUUUUUUAAAUUAGUUUUUUGUUAUACACGCACGCUACGCCACGGAUAAGCAGCACCAUUGUUUGCAGAAUGAUUCAAAUGUAAAGUGAACACCGUAUGUAGCACACACACACACACGUCACCGCGUGUCCUUGUUGAAUGUGUGUCCUCAUGCACAAGUACUGUAUUGGUUAUGGUGUCGUCUGGGGUUUCAGCUGUUUUCAGUUCGCCACAUUGAAUUGGCUUUGCUUUCUUUUUCUGUUGUCUGGUCCAUUGGAGCAGAAACAUGUGUCUGAUGUUGUAUGAUAAAAGCUUACUGUAUGCCGACCUUAACAUGCCUUCACCAAAGGCAUUCGGGACAACCGAUAGAGUGGUCACAUGGGCAACUAAUGUCCGUUUAAAAUGCUGAAUCCAUCCCAGGUUGCUGAACGAUUAAGCAUCAAGUAUGUAUGUUGGAUAUCACGCAUGCCAUUCCAUUUUUUUUUUUUUAAUUACUAUAUUAAAUGAUGCAAUUUUCAGAA